GGGAUGCAGAGGUGGCCUUAGAGAAGCAAUCACCUUGUCACUGGACAGCUGGCAAAACCAAAAACGGAAUUAUAGCUUUUUAUGAAGCCUCCCACCUCUGCACUAUGGCAUUAACGUGGUGUCAUGCAAUGGCGGAAGAAGGCAGAAUAGAAUAGGCUUAUUGUUUACCUUCUGCUAUAAAUGGCACUGUCUGAAUGUGUGGGGCUGUGUGGCAGCUGCGUGGUUAAGGUUUUGCCUCCGCCCACAGUCAGACACUUUUACCAGGAGCUCUGCUGCCUCAUUUCAUCACCGAGCCGCCAGACAAGAAUAGAUGAGCAGUUUCUCAGGAUGAUGGAGUCGAGUCAGUCGUUACAAGGACAAUACGAUGCCGUCACCUGGUUCGCAAAGUCCCAGCAACAGUCUGUGAUCAGGGACGGUAUAGUCCCAGAAUGGUUUCAUGGGAUCAUCUCCAGGAAGACGGCAGAGGAACUGCUCAUGCCCAAGCCUCCCGGCUACUUCCUCAUCAGAGUCAGUGAGACCAGGAUUGGCUACACUCUCUCGUAUCGUGCUGACGACCGCUGCAGACAUUCCAUGAUCGAUCCAUUGGAGGACGGCCAUUAUAUGAUAGUAGGGGAGAACAGGCGGCACCGGUUUCUGCAGGACCUUGUGGACUUCCAUUGUAGAACUCCCAUCAUGCCUUUCAGUGAGGUGUUGACCUUCACUUGUGGACAGUCUUCAAAUGACAAGACAGACGACAAAGAACUUCUGUUUCCCCAAAGACAUCCGAAACCCAACUCCGGUUUAAUACAACACAACUCACUGCAACUGAAAAGGAGCUGCCCCGUGUCUGAAGAAGAGAUCGCCCCGCCUGCCCUUCCUUAUCGACCACGAUACCUGUGCACCCCUGCAGUCCUGGCUGCAAGCAGCCAAGCACACAAGCUGUACCCAUGUUUGCAAGGAGAAUUUCCAAACCUCACCUCCCAACUUCCAGACACGCCUGUGCCAUUGACCAGGAAGAGAAAUACAGCCGACAACACUCCAUUCAACCAGCCUCCGGAUGUCCCUGCUCGGAUAUGUGCACCUCCACUGAAGCUGAACCAAGCCUGUAUCAGGACAGGGUCCACACCUGAGGCUCCCUCCGCUUCCACAGCCACUGAGCAGCCUCUCAGCGACAACAUCCAGCCUGUGAGGAACCACAUAGGGAAGCCAUCGGUUGUCACCAGCUUCAAGAACCUGAAGAAGAAAUUCCAAAAGAGAAGUGCAUCGCAGCUGCAGAUGUACAUAGAGAAUUUGGAGGCGCCUGACAGGAGUGGAAACACUGAGGGCGAGUACGUGGAGAUCCUGGGGGAGCAGACAUUGGACGGUGCAACAUUUUCGAACAAUCCCGAUGGAGUGUUACCUCAUGAGUACCUGCCACCUCCUCCUUUUGCCCCAGGUUACUGAUACAUAACUGCCCCCUUAGAAAAUAAUGAAUAGAUGGACAGGAUUGUGAAUCGCCUGAAAACCAUGUUGGAUCAUCGGACCAAAGAGGUGCAUAAUGUGCACAAUGCCCCGAGUGGGUACAACUGCGGGGCAUCACCAUUCAGACAUGAGGAAGGUCGUUUUGAUAUCAAGGCAAGAAAGAGAAGCGUAUUUCCCAAAAUGACAAAUUCUUCCUCCAAACUUUUGGAGGCUUGCAAUGUACAGUUUGCAAACUUUUUCCGAACAUAUACCAAAAUCAUAGCAAUUGAUAAUUGAAUGUUGUUGAAUAUAAAUAACUUUUUCCCUUUUUCCCCACAAGGUUAAGAUGAUGAAAUGAUGAAAUAGAAUACAUUACUGUCCAUAUGUGACAGCCAUCAGUGCCAGUGACAUGUGAAUGUGUUAUUUUUAUGUAUUUGUUUGGGUUAUGUUUUUUUACAACAGACAAUAAAACACUGUUACAUAAGAAUAAGUACGGGUCGGUGGCUGAAGCUAAUUUGCUGCCCCAUUCACUGGUGAGGCCUUCAAAGUCAGGUUAAAUGUAUGCAAUCGUCUCUUUUGUGAAAAAUACAAAAUACAAAAAGUAUGAGUAGGCUGCCAGAGGAAGUUAAAUGCAUCAAUAUGACAAUUGUAAUGUCAGCUGCUUUGAAUACAGGAGAUACAAAUCUCUUACCAACAGGGAAGUUUGAGCAGAGAGAAAAUGCAGACACUGGUCAAACAUGUUUCACAGGUAGGAACAGACAGGUGAGUCAAAUUCAAUUUGACAGCUUCUGGACACAGAGGUGGCAUUGCCUGAAAUACACUAUUUAAUUGUUACCGCAUAUAAUAGCUAGAGAUGAGUAAACAAUGUGAUGGCUUCAAUAUUUCACUAUAAUAUACAUAGCGUGUAAUGUUGCUACUGUAUAUGACUGGGCUAAUGAAGCACUUAAUAAAAGUCUGAUCUGUAUCGGUUUCCAAGGCU